AUGUGCGAUCGCGGAGGCUAUGGGGGCACAAUGGGCCAUUUCCCCAUGAGCCACAUGUCCGCGAUGGGCGCCAUCGGGACAAUGGGUGGAAUCGCCAUGAACGGCCAGACGCAGCAGAAAAAGACUCAAGAGGAACAUAUCAAGAGGCCCAUGAACGCGUUUAUGGUGUGGUCGAGGCUGCAGAGGAGGAAAAUUGCGCAAGAUAACCCAAAGAUGCACAAUUCAGAAAUUUCUAAAAGACUGGGUGCCGAAUGGAAGCUUCUAUCAGAAGACGAGAAAAGGCCGUUCAUAGAUGAAGCGAAGCGGCUUCGAGCGAUGCACAUGAAGGAGCAUCCCGACUACAAGUAUCGGCCGCGGCGGAAACCCAAGACCCUCAGAAAGGAGGGCUACCCUUACUCGAUACCCUACCCUAGCGUGCCAAUGGACGCCCUCAGAGUUGGUAUGGCGGGAGGCGGCAUGGGCCAGGCGAUGGGAGGCUACUAUGGCGCGGCGUACGGGCCGCUAGGAGCCAGCAUGGCGGCCGCAGCGGCUGCUGCCGCCCAGCAAAACGCCAUAUCAGCAGCCCUCACCCCUAACGCUCAGGUGGGCUCAACUAUGGACAUGUCGAAAUACACGAUUGAGGAAAAGUAUCGAUACGGCAUGUAUCCCGAUCCCUCCCGAGGGUACUUAGAUUCCGCAGCGCUAUCCAAAGCGUACAUGUACAUGGACCAACAGCAACAACGCUCCUGUCCUAUGGACAUCAGCAAGAUGUACUCGGAAGCUUCGGCUGCUGCUAUGGCUGGCUUGAGUUCCGCCGUAAACUCAUCGUCAAGCCUCUCUCCUAGAUCCCCCGCAGAAUCUCCAGAUAUGACCCCCAAGAAUUCACAAGAACGGGCUGAAGGCAGUUCCUCCUCGGGUUCCAAUCCUUCCCCUUCCUUGCCAUAUUAUCAGAGUUCAUCCAGUAUCCUGAUGCCGCAAUACCCUGGCCAGUAUGCACAGAGUACUCAAGCUGAAUCGGAGUUUCGGAGACCUCUGACUGUUAUAUUUUGA